UUAUACUGCCUUUUUUUAUACUUACUUACAGGGUUUGGGAGAGAUACCGCUAGAUACCCCUUCAGCAAAAGGAAGACGAUCUCAUACCAGCAGUGUUGGAAAUACAAGGUCAUCAUCUGUUUCUAGAGAUGUUUUCAAUUCAACUGAAAGAGAGGUAACUGAAAUUCAUGAUGUCACCAGAAAAUCAGUCCCCCGAAAUUCCGUAGAAAGUGCUGAGUACAUUAAAGUCAUAACUAGUUUAUUAAAUGCAAAAGACUUUCGUGAUCGUAUUAAUGGAAUUAAACAGCUUUUAUCAGAUACUGAAAAUAAUCAAGAGCUUGUUGUUGGAAAUAUUGUGAAGAUUUUUGAUGCUUUUAAAUCUCGACUUCACGAUUCCAAUAGUAAAGUAAAUCUGGUGGCUCUAGAAACAAUGCACAAAAUGAUUCCUUUGCUUAGAGACAAUUUAUCUCCUAUAAUCAACAUGCUAAUUCCAGCAAUAGUAGAUAAUAAUCUGAAUUCCAAGAAUCCAGGCAUCUAUGCUGCUGCCACAAAUGUUGUUCAGGCACUGAUUCAGCAUGUAGAUAACUAUUUACUCCUACAGCCAUUUUGCACAAAAGCUCAGUUUUUAAAUGGGAAGGCAAAACAGGAUAUGACUGAAAAACUUGCGGAUAUUGUUAUGGAACUUUAUCAAAAGAAGCCCCAUGCCACAGAACAGAAAGUGUUGGUUGUUUUAUGGCAUCUCUUAGGGAACAUGACAAACAGUGGCUCUCUGCCUGGAGCUGGAGGAAAUAUACGAACAGCCACAGCUAAAUUAUCAAAAGCACUUUUCUCACAGAUGGGUCAGAAUCUGUUAAAUCAGGCUGCCUCUCAACCAUCACAUAUCAAAAAGAGUUUAGAGGAAUUGCUCAAUAUGACAAUUUGAAAUGAACUAUGAAUAAUUAAAUACAGUAUGUUGAACAAAACUGUUUACAUGAUGACAAAUAGAACUUUUAUAAAGUUACAUUUUCAGUGCCUGCACUACUCACCCAAUAAAUCAAAUCAAUAGCUAUUUUUAUUUGCAACCUGAGUACACUUAUGUCCUAUAUCAACCCUACCACUUGAACCCAUCACAUAAAAACCUAAAAUUAAUGUAACCUAAUAUCCAUUAAAUCAGAGGCACAUGGAAUGAAUCCAAUUUUAAUAUUUUUGAGAAAAGUCCUCAUUUGCACUAUUCUAUAGAAACCGCAAUUUGUUGCCCUAUAUGUACAAUUAGAUUUGUAAUUAAAAAUAUACUUUUUAUUAUGUAAUCAUGUUCUGCUACGUCUGAUUACUCAGCCUUAUCUUAUGAAUUGGAAGAAGAAUCACUAACUAUGUUAUCAUAAACUGAUUCUGUGUGCUAUUCGUGGAAAACAUGUAUUUCUGAAAUCAGUCUGCUAAUAUGAUUGUGCAGUAUUAGCUUGCUUUUGCUGCUAUGUUAAUGUGCUAUAUUUCCUUACUAUUUGGGUUAAAUCAUCUACAUAAUUGUGAAAUUUAUCAAGUUAUAAUAAAGUAUGAUGACCAAAGUUUUCAAAAACAUUUAAAUAUUUUAAAUGCACAUUUAAGAAAAUGUGUUGAAUGUAAUUUCCCUAUUUUCGUGUGCAAACACUAAAUUUUAUUUAUGUCAUGACAUUUAUAAAGGUGUUAUUUUGCUGCCCAGUUGUAUAAUUCUCAAAAAUAGUGCCAGGUUUUCUAUAGUUUUCUUAGAAUUAUUGAGUUACAAGUACUGUAUACAUCUUAAAAAAGAAAAGGAACAUUAUAAAAUAAAAGGACUUAUUUAUGUA